GUUCAGGAUGUUGUUCCUAUCACAAGCUAUGAUACUGCUGGGUCUUUCCUGCUGCUGGGCUGUAACAAUGGCUCUAUAUACUAUAUAGACAUGCAGAAGUUCCCACUGCGAAUGAAAGACAAUGAUCUUCUGGUGACAGAAUUGUACCACGAUCCCUCCAAUGAUGCUAUAACAGCGCUCAGUGUCUACCUCACACCGAAAACAAGUGUAAGUGGCAAUUGGAUUGAGAUUGCAUAUGGCACCAGCUCUGGAGCUGUGAGGGUGAUUGUACAGCACCCUGAAACAGUUGGGUCUGGGCCUCAGCUCUUUCAGACCUUCACAGUUCAUCGAAGUCCUGUUACGAAGAUCAUGCUCUCAGAGAAACACCUUGUUUCAGUUUGUGCUGAUAACAACCAUGUAAGGACGUGGACUGUGACUCGGUUCCGGGGCAUGAUCUCAACUCAGCCAGGCUCAACACCUCUUGCAUCAUUCAAAAUCUUAUCCCUGGAGGAAGCAGAGAGUCAUGGCAGUUACUGUUCUGGAAAUGACAUUGGACCCUUUGGUGAACGUGAUGAUCAACAGGUUUUUAUCCAAAAAGUUGUUCCCAUCACUAACAAGCUGUUUGUAAGGCUCUCUUCAACUGGGAAAAGGAUCUGUGAGAUCCAGGCAGUUGACUGCACUACUAUCUCCUCAUUUACUGUGCGAGAAUGUGAAGGAUCCAGCAGAAUGGGCUCCCGGCCACGCCGCUACCUCUUCACUGGACAUUCAAAUGGCAGCAUCCAGAUGUGGGACCUGACCACAGCGAUGGACAUGGUUAAUAAGAGUGAAGACAAAGAUGUUGGCGGCCCCACAGAGGAAGAGCUGCUCAAGUUGCUUGACCAAUGUGACUUGAGUACAUCUCGCUGUGCCACACCUAACAUCAGCCCUGCCACCUCAGUCGUUCAGCCAAACCGGCUGCGGGAAUCUAAUUCCAGCCUCCAGUUGCAGCACCAUGAAACAAUCCCUGAAACAGCCACGUAUGGUUCUGUGCGGCCAUACAGAGAAAGUCCCCUGUUGGCAAGAGCAAGGCGGACGGAGAGCUUCCACAGUUACCGGGACUUCCAGGCUUUUAACUUAACCAGCAAAAGCCCAACAGAAAAGACAGCUGCUGCAAAUGGGAAUUGCAGCCAGCCAGAGGCCAGGAAGGCAACAGGGGAGGGCAGUGUAGCUGAGAAGAAGGCAGUCCUGACCACUGCACUUGAAGCGCGAGGCACAGGCGGGACAGAUGCAGGUGGGUGUUGCAGUACAGAGGUUCAUCAUCUGCCAGAGAGUUCUCUGGAUCUCAAAAGAAGAGGACCAGAAGAGGAGAGCGAGGCCAAAGUAGAAAGCAAAAAGAAAAUGGGGUUUGAAGGAGCUGGUUUCCUGGGAAGGAAGAAAGUGCCUCUCCUGGCCUCCGCACCAGUUCUUGCUGAAGGUGGGCCUGAAUUACCUGGGACAGCUUCUCCGUCACCUACAAAGACGGCUGCUUCCCCACGCCACCGUAAGAAUGACUCGUCCUGCCAAGACUAUGGCCUGUGAAAACGGGUCUGGUGGCAAAGAUAUGGUGCAGGUGCCCUCUGGUUGGUAGCAGGAAUAACGUUACGUGUUGUGGGUUGUUUCUUGAAUGGGACUUUGUUCUGAUACCCGGAAUG